AUGAAUCAUACACCACCCGCAACGUUUUUGAAACGUGAAUUCACCGAUGAUCACCAUAACAAUACCAGUCUGACUUCAUCAUACAAAAUCACAGGGGUAUAUGAGUUGGACUUCCCUGAGAAUAAGCGUGCUGCCACAUUACGUAGUAAAUUGUCGGCUCACAUUGGUAGUCCAGCACAAACACGAACGGGUGAUGCGUCCUUCAGCACUUGUUCCAGUAACAGCACUAAUGUCCUGUCUAAGUCUACUGCUGUUAGUACGGUAAGAAGUUUACCUAGAAAACGCAAGAGUAGGUCUUUUGGGCUUAACCUUGGAUUACCAGGACGAGCUUCUGAUCAGCCACCACCAUCACAACAACAACAACAACAUCAAGAAUCUGACCAAGAACGACACGAGCAUAAUGAUAGAUUGUCAGUGAAAGAAGAGACAUUAAAACAGGAAACCUCAAUAAAGCAUGAAAAGAUUGGUUCUCCUAUAUUACUAAAACAUGAACACGUUGGUUCACCUGCGGAGCAGGAGAAUUUCCGAUAUGAUUUUGAAGAAAGAAAGAAAUUCAUGUUCCCAAAUGUUCUUACACUGGAUACAAUUGAAAAUAAAGAAAAUAAAGAAUUUGCAUUUAAGGACAUUUCCUCUAGACCUGCAUUGGCUGAAAUUCCUGUUAAUAUAGAUACUUUCCGGAAACCCAAACUUCCGAAACCCAUUCACUCAACCGAAUCGCACAUUUCACCAAAACGUAUCAUUUCAAUUAAUGGUAAACAAUACGAAAAAUUAGAACUCCUUGGUCGUGGAGGUACAUCGAAAGUAUAUCGCGUUAAAUCACUUUCCAAUAAUCAAAUCUAUGCUAUUAAGAAAGUGAGUAAUGGACAAUACGACGAGAUUUCCCUUGCUGGAUUCAAAGGAGAAAUUGAUCUUUUAUUAAAGUUGAAACAUCUGGACCGAGUAGUACGACUUAUUGACCAUGCCAUCACUGAAGGGUCGAUAUAUCUAGUCAUGGAACGAGGCGAGAUUGACCUUGCCCAAGUUCUCAAUAAUAAACUAAGAUCCCAAACUCCAUUUGAUUUAGACUUUAUUAGAUUUCAUUCCCUUGAGAUGUUACGUUGCGUCCGGGCAGUCCAUGACGCUGGGAUCGUCCAUAGUGAUUUAAAACCGGCAAAUUUCUUGAUUGUCAAAGGUAUACUUAAAAUCAUUGAUUUUGGAAUUGCUAAUGCCGUUCCAGACCAUACCGUGAAUGUAUAUCGAGAAUCUCAAAUUGGAACUCCAAAUUAUAUGGCCCCGGAAGCCCUAACUGAAGUGAAUCAUUCCAUGCCUCGAAACACAUGGAGAGUAGGUAAGCCUUCAGAUAUAUGGUCGAUUGGAUGUAUCAUCUACCAAUUAAUCUAUGGACGACCACCAUACGCAGGAUAUUCAGGAACGCAAAGAAUGAUGGCUAUUAUAAACCCCCAAGUCAAGAUCCAAUACCCAGCCACUGGUGUGAAUGGUGGGGUGGUUCCUGAAUCUGCUAUUGAGUUAAUGAAGAUGUGUCUUAAACGAGAACCACAUGAACGAUGGACAGUGGAAGAAUGUUUACGUUGCGACUUCCUUCGUCCAAAAGUUGUAAAUAGGAAGCUUGUUCAAGAUAUGGUUCAUGAAAUCAUGGAUUAUGGACAUAAUAGAAGAAUUAAUAAUGAAGCUAUCGGUAGUGAUGAGUAUGAUGAUAUGGUAGAAUUGGUUAUGGAGAAAAUUACACAUUUGAACUAUAGUUAG